AUGGAUUUACAACAGGACCUCAAAUAUCUGUUUUGUCAGUGGUUAGAAGAAGAAUACAACGUUAAAGUACAACGAGGUCAACGUAAUGCACCUACUUUUUAUAGGGCAUUGAAGAGUGUCCGACAGUGUCCCUACCCAAUAAAGCAUCCAAAUCAAUUGUCUGAUUUGAAAUUUAUUGGAGAUAAGCUCGUGAAACUGAUGUCAAACAAGCUUCAAGAGUAUUGUGAUGAAAAUGGGUACAAUUUUCCUGUUGAUGAGGCGUCGUCAGCCAAGGAGAAAGCCAACCAGGACGCUGAAAUUGUAAAUAAUGGAAGGAAAAGAAAAAGUGCCAAGAAAUCCGAUAAAGAUCCAACCAAAAAGAAGAGGAAAAGAAAGUAUGUUCCUGCAAAGAAUACUGGUGGGUAUGCUAUAUUGUUAGUGUUGUACGUUCAUGAUCUCGAACGAAAAGGAAUGACUAAAGCCGAGAUUAUACGACAUGCAGUUCCUUUCUGUAGUUCCAGUUUUACAUCAAAUCCAUCAACCGGGCAGUUCUAUUCGGCAUGGAACAGUGUGAACACGUUAAUAAAAAACGAAUAUGUGCUGUCCAGAGGAAGGCCAGUAUACUACUACCUUACAGAAGAAGGUGAAGAGGUCGCUGGUAUAUUGAAAAAAGUCGAUGACGAAUCAAAGCAGCGUACAAGCCUGAACUCACCACAUACCGAUAAAAGUCUUAAUUCUUCUUUUGAUCGUUCACCUCAAUAUGCUACCAAGGAUAAUUACAGUUACAUGAACAGAAAUAUACAGCCUUCACCUACAAGAUCCGAUAUAGCACGCAGUAAAUUUUCAAGCGGAAACAAAUGCAAAUACAAUGGCGUCGACUAUGAUAUUUGGCCAUCUGGUAGUUAUGAGAUAUUCUUCGUAUCAGAUGAUAGAGAAGUACGAUCAAGAGAAGAGCCUGAAUUUUUUGCAAAAGGUGUUCGGGCUAGGGGCGUGAAUUGCAAAGUUCGAGCUUUAUCCGUUGGUGAUGGUGUUUGGGUUGCGAUAAAUAAGGAAUCAGGCUCCUGGGCAACGCUAGACUUCAUUUUUGAGCGAAAGAGAUUGGAUGAUCUGGCGGAAUCUAUAAAAGAUGGUAGAUUCAGAGAGCAAAAGUCACGAUUAGACAAGACUGGUCUUCAAAGGAUCAUGUACAUUAUAGAAGAGCAAAUGUCUAGCGAUAUCUCGAGGUUCAGUGAUGCUAUCCAAACGUCAAUGUCAAUGGCUGUAACAUAUUCAAAUUUCCAUCUAAAAAGAACCAAAGAUAGUGAUGAUACGGUUAAGCUAUUGGCAAUGAUACAUAAGCAGGUUCAAUCGUUUUACAAGGGUAAAUCGUUGGUGGUGCUCGAGCCCAGGAAUCUCAAAUCGCAGAAGCAAUACAAGUCUGUUCUUGAGAUGUUCAGAGGGCAUUUCACUAGUGAAAACAGCAAUAUGCAGGUGGUCUAUAACUUUGACACUUUUCAGGGAGUGAUGAGUAAGAGUAGUAUGACUACAGUUGCCGAGAUGUUUGUUCGAUUGUUGAUGACAACUAGGGGUGUUUCACUUGAUAAGGCCAUUGAGAUUCAGCGAGAGUUCAAAACUCCGAAAAAAUUAAUCGAAAAAUAUCAAGAAACGGGAAUCUCUGGGAACGGUCUAGAAGAUCAACAGGCUAUUAUAAAGGACAAAGAAAUGCUGAUACAUAAUAUCUUCAAGGAUCGUAUUGGUGUGCGUAAAAUAGGCCCUGCCCUCAGCAAAAAGCUUUACGAGGUUUGGGGUAAAUAA